AUGUCGGAAGGUCAGUUCCAGCCUGAACUUCCUGGAAUUGAUACUAACCCGGUGAAAGGUAAUUUCCUUGGUGCUCAUGCCAUGAAUUCUGGUAAUCUGAUCACCAACAAAGCAUCACCUGUUCAAGGCGAGCAGAGCCAAAAACCAGAUGUGCCGUUGGGCUCAAAUGAACAUAUCCGAGAAGAGGUUUGUGCCGAGAAUUCAAAGUCCUAUCAAUCUCUGGCCAAGAUGACGAAGACUCGUCAAAGAAACAGCCAAAUCUCGAGAUCCCCGGCGCCCCGUUUCAAAACGCGUUCUCCGUGGCCGCAUUUUAUUCCUAGUCGAAGACAAUUUAUACCCUUAGAGCUGAUCCUAUCGCGCUUGGAACCGCAUGAGCAAUUCAAAUACGUAAACGCCCCGGACGUGGAUGGCUGGACGCCUAUAUGCUGGGCGAUGAGGCCUAUCAUGGACCCGACAACUCGGGAUAAAUCAGGAAGUGAGCCUAUGGAUUACGAAACAACGGUGCGAUGCCUUCUUAAAUACGGGGCAAGGCGAGAUAUCCAAUGCAAGAUGGGCAAGGGACAGAAUGCCGAAACUUUCACGUUACUUGAGCUAGCCCGCUUACACAGCGUUAGCUCUGAUAUCAUUCCACUCAUCAUCAGAAACAGAAACGGGGCUGGGGAGUAUACCAGCAUUGAAAAGGACCCAGAUAAGAAAACUUACCUCUGCCAGCUUGAUUUUUGUGCUAUAUGCUACUCUCAAAUCUAUGGAAAAAUAUACGUAUGCUAUAUCUGCAACUCUUUCCGCGUUUGUAAGAAGUGCUGUGGUCGGAUCGACGAGUACUAUGAGAAGGACGAUAUCGAGACGCACGGUCAUCUGCCCCCAUUUCAAGAAUUUAACAAACCAUCACCACCACCACCAGCGGCCUCGGAAAAUGUAGAGAUGUGUCACACGGACAAACACUGCUAA